AUGUUCAAGGUCUUCGUCACUCUCUCUGCUCUUGCCCUUGCCGUUUUCUGCGCUCCACCAGGAUGGCCAACCGCCGAAGAAGCCAAGGCCGAGAUGCAAGCCUCCGGAAUCUCUUCUCAAGCUGCUGACGGUAUUCUGAAGAUUGCCACUGACUUCGCCUCUCAGAAGCCAGCCGAAGGAGUUGAGAUUGAUCGUGAAGCUGCUCGUACAGCUUUCAAUGAGUUCAUUGGACAAGUUGACGCCUACAUCAAGACCCAAUCUCCAGAAGACCAAACUGCUUAUCAGGCAUUUGUUGCCAAGAAGAAGGCUGAAUUCGAGGCUCGCAUUGCCGAGAGAAAGGCUGGAAGUCAAUAA